GCAUACCUGCAAACAAAACGAAGCUUAAAAAUUAAAAAAAAAUUGCACCUGAGGGCUGGGUGAGAUCUCGGGGGUUAAGGCACCCGAGGGCUGGUGAGAUCUCGGGGUAAGGCACCUGAGGGCUGGUGAGAUCUCUCUCAGGGGUUAAGGCACCUGAGGGCUGGUGAGAUCUCGGGGUAAGGCACCUGAGGGCUGGUGAGAUCUCUCUCAGGGUAAGGCUACUGCUGCCCUUCUAGAGGACACAUAUGGAAUACAUUUACACACACACACAAUUUUUUCUUUGCUUUUUUAAAGACAGGGUUUCUCUGUAUAGUUUUGGAACCUGCCCUGAAACUUGCUCUAUAGACCAUAGACCAAGCUGGCCUUGAACUCAGAGAUCCUCCUGCCUCUGCCACCUGAGUGCUGGAAUUAAAGGCAUAUACCACCACCACCCAUCUUGAGACUCUGUCUCCAAAACAAAAACCAAAACAAAUAAAAAUUUACAAAGACGGUGUACCAUAGUGUCACUUGACAUUGUUGGCUGUCCAAUAAUUCCUCUUUGCACUUUGGAACUUCCUUUUGAUUAUGGUAUUUGAGGGGCAUGGUACCUAACCUAGACAAACUGAAGAGGGAAGGUCCUAGGCCAGGCAGUGGUGGCGCUCACCUUUAAUCCCAGCACUUGGGAGGCAGAGGCAGGUGGAUCUCAGUGAGUUUGAGGCCAGCCUGGUCUACAAAGCAAGUUCCAGGACAGCCUGGACUGUUACACAGAGAAACCCUGCUUUGAAAAACAAAAACAAAACAAACAAAAAAUGGAAAAGAAAAAAAGGGAAAGGUCCUUCCUUCUACCUCUAGCUACCUCGAUGUAAGGAGAUGCCUUAGCUCGAUGAACAACCACUCUGAUAUGGCAGCCCCACAUGUGGCUGGUGUAUGACACGGACUUGGGCACCCAAGACAAUAGUGUCCUCUUCCAGUGGCUCCUCUAGCCUCAGCUGAGGUCUAGAGUGAGGCUGGAUGACUAAGGAUGUAAGGAAGGUGACUUUUUUUUUGCUGCCUUCCCCUCAACAGAAGAGAGGCUGCCUCAAGCGCAACAGCCCUUAGCUCCCUGCACUCUGCACCGUCAUAGGCUCUGCCAGGGCCUGCAGCUGACACUUCAUGGAUGUAGUAGCCACAUGGAAGCUUCAGGGUCCCAUUGAGUCAGGGUGCCUAUAGUAGGUCUGCUGUAGGAAUUCCUGCAGCCGGUAGCCUUUAAGUUACCCGCCUACUUGGGCGAGGCCUCUUAUACUAUUUAUGCCGAUAUAAAGUGCACAUCUGGCCUCUUUUCCUGUUGUUGUUCUCCAUUCAGCAGAGGAUUGUGCCUUGUGAGUCUACCCCUAAAUAAAUAGUUCUGAGCUAGUAGUGUGGGAUUUCUUUUACGCAUCUGUUGCAGGAGGUCCUUCCGCCCCUCCAACCAAUAGCUGCUGUGAUACCAGCCCAUUGGGGCGUGGUCUCUCUCCCUUUAAAAAAGCAGCUAUUUCCUCUGCUCGCUCUCUUCACUUCCUGCUCCGCCGGAGACUAGACUCCCUUCCUGGUUGUGCAGAUGGCUGUUGUCUGGGACGGUGAUCUCCUUGGGGAGCAGUACUACAAAGAUGCCAUGGAACAGUGCCACAAUUACAAUGCCCGCCUCUGUGCUGAGCGCAGUGUGCGCCUGCCUUUCUUGGACUCCCAGACCGGAGUAGCCCAGAGCAAUUGUUAUAUCUGGAUGGAAAAGCGACACCGUGGACCAGGAUUGGCCUCUGGACAGUUGUAUUCCUACCCUGCCCGGCGCUGGCGGAAAAAGCGUCGAGCCCACCCACCUGAGGAUCCCAGGCUUUCCUUUCCGUCUAUUAAACCAGACACGGACCAGAGCCUGAAGAAAGAGGGACUUAUCUCUCAGGAUGGCAGCAGUUUAGAGGCUCUGUUACGUACUGACCCCCUGGAGAAGCGAGGCGCUCCAGAUCCCCGUGUUGAUGAUGACAGCCUGGGAGAGUUUCCUGUCACCAACAGUAGAGCGCGGAAGCGGAUCCUGGAACCUGAUGACUUCCUAGAUGACCUUGAUGAUGAAGACUAUGAAGAAGAUACUCCAAAGCGUCGGGGGAAGGGGAAAUCCAAGAGUAAGGGUGUGAGCAGUGCCCGGAAGAAACUGGAUGCUUCCAUCCUAGAGGACCGGGAUAAGCCCUAUGCCUGUGACAAUAGUUUCAAACAAAAGCAUACCUCGAAAGCGCCCCAGAGAGUUUGUGGAAAACGCUACAAGAACCGACCAGGCCUCAGUUACCACUAUGCCCAUUCCCACCUGGCUGAGGAGGAAGGAGAGGACAAAGAAGACUCUCAGCCACCCACUCCUGUUUCCCAGAGGUCUGAGGAGCAAAAAUCCAAAAAAGGACCUGAUGGUUUAGCCCUGCCCAACAACUACUGUGACUUCUGCCUGGGGGACUCAAAAAUCAACAAGAAGACAGGACAGCCUGAGGAACUAGUGUCCUGCUCUGACUGUGGCCGCUCAGGGCACCCGUCCUGCCUGCAGUUCACCCCUGUGAUGAUGGCAGCUGUGAAGACCUACCGCUGGCAGUGCAUCGAGUGCAAGUGCUGCAACCUCUGCGGCACCUCGGAGAAUGACGACCAGCUGCUUUUCUGUGAUGAUUGUGACCGUGGCUACCACAUGUACUGUCUCACCCCAUCCAUGUCUGAGCCUCCUGAAGGAAGCUGGAGCUGCCACCUGUGUCUGGAUCUGCUGAAGGAGAAAGCGUCCAUCUACCAGAACCAGAACUCCUCCUGAUGUGCAACCCAGCUCCUCACACAUCUAAGGCUGUUGCUCUCCUCCACCUUGGUUUUCAUGCCCCUCCUCCUUUUCUUUCAUUCUGGUAGUCCUGCCAACCUGCCUUUGGCAACAUUGCAGGGAGGUGGCAACUCUUGACUGCCUCUGGCCCCAUGCCCUCAGGGAGUAAGGAGCAGCACGCUGCCCCAGGACUGACCUGUGGGCCCAACUUCUCUCUGCUCUCCAGGAAGUGCAUUCACUCUGCUUGCCUUGGCCAAGUCCCUGGUAAUCACAGGGUUCAGAUGGGGUCCUCUGAGGAGGAAUAUGAGAGCAGCUCACUUGUCUCAGGCCUAGCUUAGCCCCCCACCUCGGGUUUCCAAAAGCCCCAGGGGUAAGCUAGGCCUGGCCUUUGCUAGGAGCAACUGGAGUGAUCAGGCUGAAGUGGCACUUGUUAGGACCUUUUCAUACCCCUUGUUCUGCUUCACUUUGCCUCUGCCAAAGCAGUCCUCUGUCCUCUGUUUUGCUUCAUGGGUCCUGUGCUCGAAAUGGGAUGCUCUCAGACACCGUCUGGCUCUGUCCUGUCCUUCCUAGUCCCAGAGACAAGCAGCUGCACCUGUUUUUCCUGCGCUUGGCUGACUCAUCCACAUUUCCCAUCCUCAGAACUUCGUGUCUUCUGCCUCCUUCCUUAUUCCCUUUUGUUUUGUGGGGAGAGGGACAAUGUCAGUGGCUGUGCCAGCAGCUUGGGGGCCACAAGGAGAAGUUGGAUAAUGUGCCUGUUUUUUAACUCGAUAAAAAAGCCUACCUCCAAAAUCCCCUUUUCAUUCUUCCUGGACCUGGACAUUCAGCGUCCUGCCCUUAACUGAAUCAGGAGCCUUUGCCUCCUGCCUGUGUAUCCUGGCUCUUGGGUCACAGGGAGGUCCCCAUUCCUUGCAUGCUAGCUAGCAGCUGGUAAAGUCUUCACACCCUGAUUUUUCUGUUUCCUGCUUAGUGGCACUGACAUUAAGUAGGAGGGAACAGUCCAUGCCAGGACACUCUGGAAUGGCCUUCCUCCUAGGCUUGUGGGCAGGCCCUAACUGUUGUUUUCUGCAAAGUUGAGGCCCCCUCCUCCCAUCUUUAGUUCCUGUAUUCAAAUCAUUAGUAAAAAUAAACAUUUUUACACAGA